AUGUCAUUUCAUCUAGGAUCACCAAACAAUACAUACAAUAGAAGAGGUGGAGGUGGUGGUGGAGGUAAUAGAAGAGGCUCAGGAGGAGGCAAUAAUAGCAUGGGCGGUGGUAACAUGGGUGGAGGUGGAGGUGGUCACAGAUCACCAUUGGAUAAACCGAUAUCACCAGAAGAGGAAGCAAAGAACAAGUUGACUUCUUUGAUGGUACGUAUCGGUGACAAGGUGACUACUACCGCUACACUCGAGUCAAAUAUAGAAGGUUUAGUCGGUGUACUCUUACCCGAUCUUGAAAACAAUCGUUCAACUAUUGUUACUAUCUUGCUUAAAUGCAUAUCACAAUUACCAUACAAAACACCAAUCUAUGCAACUAUUAUUGGAAAGAUGAAUCAAAAGAAUCCAGACUUUGGUAAAGAGAUUUGUGAAACUAUUAUUCAUGAUAUUAAUGAAAAUUUAAAGAAACAAAAGUUUAAACAAGCUAAAUUGUUGAUUAGAUGUAUUGGAUGUUUGGUCAAUACUCAUGUUGUUUCAACUAGUACCAUGUUUGAAGUAUUUGAUAUUCUUUUAUCACCAUUGUCACAAGAGUAUACUCAAACUAGAGCCGAUUUCUAUGUUCAUCUUGUUUUAACUACUUUACCUUGGGUUGGAUCAUCAUUAUCAAAUGAAGUUGAACAAUUAAGUAAAUUAUUUGAAGAUUUGGAAACCUAUCUUGGAGGUAGAAGUCAUGCAGAAAAGAAAUUCUUUCAAACUUUUGCAGAAAAUGAUGAUCUCUUGGAAUCAUUGUCCAAACAAGUCAAAUUGCAAAAAGAGGAUUCAUGGAAUUGUGAAUCAAUCAUUCAAAUUCACAAAUCAUUUGAUUUUGUAGAUUCUCAACAACAUCCACUUGCAUCAAUUGUUUUACCUUUAAAUGAUGAGAAAUUUAAUUAUCCAACAUUUACAAGACCACUUUUUAGAAUAUUUGAUGAUAGUCAAGAUGCAAUUAAACCAAUUGAUAGAUAUAUCAUUGAAGAAUAUAUUGUUGAUAUUUUAUAUUAUUUCAAUGGAGCUCACAAGGAGGCUGCAAAAUUCAUCUAUUCUUUACCAGUAACAACUGAAAUUGAUGCUAUUGUUGUUGAAACAUUAUUAUCAGAAGCAUUUAAAUUACCAGGAUCAGAUUUUAAAUUAAUUUAUUAUUCAGUAAUGUUGGUUGAUUUAUUUAAAGAACAACAUCAAACCAUUAUUCCAGUGUUUGCCUAUGCCAUUACGACAUUGUUUGAAAAUAUCGAUCAUUUGGACACUGAAGUUGUCGAGCGUUUUGCAACCAUGUUUGCUCACCAUCUCUCCAACUUUGAAUAUAAAUGGGUGUGGGGUGAUUGGGCAACCUGUCUCACUUCUCAACCAUCGGGUGACCCAACCACUGACAAUCUUCUUCACCUCCAAAAGAAAUUCAUCAUUCAUCUCUUGGAAUCUAUCACUAGAUUAAGUUAUUUGGACAAGAUGAAACAAUCACUUCCAGUUGAAUAUCAUCCUUAUUUACCUCAAUUACCUCAACCAAAUUUCAAAUUUUUAAAAUCAAAUGGUAAAAAUAUAUAA